GGCCGUGAGUCGUGACUAGAGGGUAACUAAGAAGUGAAGAGUCAAAUAUAGACAACGGGAAGGCAAUUCACGGUGCACGGCAGUAUGUCAAUAUCCAAAGUAGACUCGAAAUCGGAGUCGUCGUUUGGGUUUCGACAAUUAAUAUAGAGAAACAAAGGAAAGGCGGAGGAACAACAGGAGAGAGACCGACAAGGUGAAGAAGAACAGGAGAGAGAAACAAUACUCCAGUAGCAGUAGACCAGUAGUUGUAUUUGUAGUAGUCAAUUAUCUAUUCCGAUUCCAGAGGAAGAAGAAGAAGAAGAAGAAGAAGAAGAAGAAGAAGAAGAAGAAGAAGCAGACUCAUAACUCUGAAGCAGCAUCUGCAGCAAUCAUCAAUGGGCGGCGAGGAGGGGGCGGAUGAACUGAUUCAUGCUCGGGCUGAUUCUGAUUACAGAAAAGCCAAAACAUCAAUUUGGUGGGAUAUUGAGAAUUGUCAUGUACCUAAAGGAACCGAUCCAAAUUCAAUUGCUCAAAACAUCACUUCCGCCCUCCUUAAAUUGGAUUACUGCGGUUCCGUUUCAAUUUCUGCUUACGGCGACACCAACCGAAUUCCUUCUUCUAUUCAGCACGCCCUCUCCUCCACCGGCAUCUCCCUCAACCACGUUCCUGCUGGUGUUAAAGAUGCCAGUGACAAGAAGAUUCUGGUUGAUAUGCUAUUCUGGGCUGUUGAUAACCCUGCCCCUGCCAAUUACCUCUUAAUUUCGGGCGACCGUGAUUUCGCAAAUGCCCUCCAUCAGCUGCGUAUGAGAAGAUACAAUAUUCUUCUAGCCCAACCCUUUAAAGCCUCUGCCGCCCUUGUUGCUGCAGCCAAGAGUGUGUGGCUGUGGACUAAUCUCGUGGAAGGUGGCCCUCCUCGUACUGGAAAUGACUCACCUCCAUCCAACAAUGGUAAUUAUAAUAAUACUAAUAACAACAAUCACUUUAUUCCCCCGGAGAACCACCCUAUACCGGAACCAUCUCAAUUUACUACUAGUACUACUACGAAAUUUGACACCCCAGGGAGAACUGGGGCAGGAAACACUAAAUCUAAAGCUACAAAUGCCCGCAAGACCACAAACCUGCAAAAAGCCCCUAGCAUGCCUUGUGGAGUUGUAGAAAGUAAGAAACUAGAUUUCUCUAGCCAGUCUGGGCAUACUGAAACAGCCACAGUUAGAAAAGCCCCACAUGAAUUCUUUGGUGCUAACAACCAUAUUGCCUCUGCAGGUUGGUCUGCUUCCAGCAAUUUUCCUACCAAUCUCGAUCCCUCUGCUAGGAGUAAGUCUGAUUCUGUUGCAAAUCAACGAGUUCAGUAUCAGUAUCCCUGUCCGUCUAGGCCAAGCAGUGUUCCUAUGUAUUUUAAUCCCGCUGCUGGAAAUGUAUACCCACCAACUGCAACCAACUAUCCUGUCCAUCCUGCAAUGUCCAGACCUGAAGGUCCUAUUUUAUCAGGUCCUUUCAACAGUGCCCCGGAUAUUGGUAAACUAAGCAUAUCUGAACAUCCAACUUAUGUCCGAAAUUCUUCUACUUUUUCACAGCCAGCUAGAGGAGAGGUUAAGAAUAAAUCGCACAGAAAUUCCAAUUCUGUGAAUCGUAACUUACCCCACAAAGGCCCUAAUGUGCAUACGAACCAUUCUUCUCACCGAAAUGGACUGUUGUCUUUGCCUCCAUCUACAUUACCAGCCUUGCCAAUUGCAAACCCAGUUUCAGACACAAUCUCACCUCCCUCUGAAUUUGAGCAGGGUCUUGCUGGAAUUGUCUUGAUUGCUUUAAACACUCUUAGAAAAGAAAAAAUUAUGCCUACCAAGGUAAAUAUAGCUGAUUGUAUCCAUUUUGGAGAUGAUCCAAAGCACCGUAAUGUUGAUGUGCAGCAGGCCUUGGACUGUGCCAUGAAACAGGACAUGGUAAAAAAUCUAAAGAUUAAUAGUAACCUUCUGCUAUAUGUUGAAAAGCGUCAACAAACUGUAUGGAAUUGUGAAAAUCCAGUGGGUGGCAACCUUAACGAGUUCUCUAAGAAAUUAUGGGAUAAAGUUCAGGAGUUUCUUAUUUCAACUGAUGGAGGAUCUUCCAUAAUAGCUUCUGCAUGCAGUUAUGAAGCUGCAUUAAUCUUGAGAAAUUCCUGCCUGCAAAAUCUAACUCUUGGCAAAGUUAUCCGACUAAUGAACUUGCUAAUUACUAAAAAACAAUGGAUAAAAAUCCCUACAUCAGGAUGGCAGCCACUUACAAUUGCACUAACCGAGACUGAUGGUGCAACAAGUAAUGUAUCUGGUGCGUCACCUACAAUCGCACUAACCCAGACUGAUGGUGCAACAAGUAAUGUAUCUGGUGCGUGAUUGAAGAUUUGUUAUAGGCGAUAGGAAGGUAAUAUUGAAGUGGUGAUCUUUUGUCCUCUGUAUUUUUCCUUUUUCUUCACAGAAGGACUAGGGAAAGCCACUUUGAGGUGCUUUGUAGUUUUUAUUUUUAUUUUUAAGGGAACUUGUUAAUGGGUUUUCGGUUAGUACGCGGAUGAUAUAUUUUGUUUUGUCCUCUCCUGUGGAAGCUUUUAUCUUCCCUUUAGUUGACGGUCUUCUCAGAAAACUAUCACUCAAGAGGUGCGAGUGUGCACCAAAAAAAAGUAUUUCGUAUAUGUUACUCCUACAAAGUAGGUGUAUAGGUUAUGGGCUUCAAUAUGAGUUAUUGAGGCAUUUUACUUCCUAGCAUGGGACUGGUCAAGCAAGACCUAACGGAGACAAAGAGUGUUGUGUCUGCAUCCGAAGUGAAGUGGUUUCAGAAUUUGGAAUAUUCAUUGUUUCUGUUACAACGUGCUUUUGAUUAUUGAUCAAGUAUUACGGUGGAUUAAAAGAUGAGGCUACUUUGUUACAAGGCAUCGGGGCAAGGUAGAAACAUUACUUCGGGAUAAAAGAAAUAUAAUUCUCUUGAUGAUUUUGUGGAGAGCGGUGAUGAUUUUGUGGAGAAUGGUAUCACCAGGGCAAGAGGAAGUAUGGUAGCCAGUUAUAGGCAUUAUGUUGGUUUACAUGUAAUAUGUUGCAAAUGGUGCAUGAAAUCUAAAGUAAUGUUAUUUGGCGUAUCAGCUGUUUUUUUUUCUUUUCUAGACUCUGUUUCUGUAAGAUCCAUUGUAUUUGAUGUUUAGGAGCUCCUUCAGUGUUUUUCUUCUUUUGUAUGUUAAUGUUUUGUAAAAUAUACUUUCUAUUAAGUGGUUUAAUGUUUUUUCUUC